AUGGGUUCAAAAGCAUUUGAAGCAGAAGCAAUUGUAUCAACACUGGAAACAAUCAUCAAUGGAGUAAACGCCAAGAGAGUAGAAGCCGGUGAAACAAUCGAGGUAAGAGUAGGAAUCAAAGGAUACGACGCUGCAAGAGACAAAAGAUUUAGAGGAGAAGUAACCCUUCCUUACCCAAAGAGAAAGGAAGAGAAAGUUCUUGUUUUAGCAGACAUCCACUUGGCAAAUGCUCUGGAGGGAUCAGACAUUCCAUUCAUCUCCUUCGAUGAGUACAAAGGAAAGACUCCUGAGGCAAAGAAGAGAAGAAAGAGCCUGGUAAAGAAGUACCACUCUUUCAUUUCCGUUCCAUCCCUAUAUAAAGUAUUCGAGCCACUGAUCUUUACCGGAAAGAAGAAGCCCGUAUACAUGAUUAAGAACAUAAACGAAAUCAAGAACUACUACGAGGAUGUGCGAAGAAAAAUACAGCUGAAUCUUAAGGCCGAUUUACUUCUUGGCUUCUCUGUUGGUACUACUAAGAUGAGCCCAACCGAGGUGUCCCAGAACAUAUCCACUGCUAUGCAGGCUUUGAUUGGUCUUCUUAAGAAGGGAAUGCAGAACUUACGAUCAGUUGAUAUCAAAUCUACUCAAGGAAAGACUAUUAGAUAUUUCCCAUUCUAA